AUGGCGUCUCGAUUCACUAGCCGUGUGUGGACGGCAUACCAGCAAAGUUUGGCUACCAAACCGUUUAUCACCAACGCAUGGACCACUUCUGGCCUGUUUGCCGCUGGAGACUGUCUUGCACAAGCCCUAGGGCAAGCUCAGGAGAAACCCCUGGAUAAAAAACCACCGGUACAAUCUCCAAUAUCUACAGAUUCGAAACUCAUACCUCUGCGAUGGGAUUGGCAACGGACAUGUCGUGCAGGCCUCUAUGGAACUCUCUUUUCACCCCUGGGCACGUGGUGGUACGGCGUGCUAGCACGUAUCACGUGGUCCAGCGGAUGGCGUACUCUGACAGUACGUGUUGCUGUAGACCAGUUAAUGUUUGCUCCCUUUGGGGUAUGUUUGUAUUACUCGGUAAUGGCCUUGUUGGAAGGUCAUGGGAUCCACGGAGCCAUGGGGCGCGUUCAUGUUCGUGCUUGGAACACUCUAAAGGCUAACUGGAGCAUAUGGCCAUUAUUCCAAGCCGUGAAUUUAAGUAUGGUCCCACUACAGAAUAGACUAUUGACAGCAAACCUUGUUGCCUUGUGUUGGAAUGCAUACUUGUCAGGACACAAUGCGAUGCGUUGA